AUGGUUUGAAACCUCAAAGCGCUUGCUCUCAUGCCUCGUGCUACAAUCUGUGGCUGCCGAAGAGGAGAAGAUGCCUGUCUGUUCUGCUCAUUCGCUGAGUCGGAUGACUAUGCACUUAAAAAACACAAAGGACAGAUGUAUUGCCUAAGAUGCUACAAAAUCGGAACCAGAACAUUCUUUAUUCAUACGCGAUGUACAGCUGUAUUGAAGCAGUAUUGUCCCCUUGUCUUCAAGGGUGGCAAGGUCUCCUUUCGCGACCUAUGCAGAGCUGCGAUUUCGGCUCGGCCUCUAGUACGUUCAGAGGGAGAAGCAUCGAACCUUUUCACCGCAAAGCUUCAAAAGUUGUUUAUUUGUCCAUUUGGGAAGCUCCCACCUGAGAUUGUCAAGGAGAUUUACUCCUACCUUGAUCAGUUUCCAGAGCUUGUCUCUCUCACAUAUGCGAUAUCAGCCGUCGCGCAGUACGCUAUGUUCCCCAAGCCCAGUUGGACCGAAACCAACUCCCUCAGAAUCGGCAUGAUCCUGUACUUAACAUUUAGCAAGUAUGAGGGACGUGACUAUCUCGCCGGUAUUCAUACAAAUCCACCGCCCCGAUGGAGGAAAUCAAUACCCCUUAGAGAUCAGCUGUUGAUACGCCGGGACCACUUUGCCAUCUUGAACCUUUACGGCACCAGAAAAGAAGCUGAAACCGACGGAGUAGCAUCACAGUCAACAUUCUAUCAUACUAUCGAUCUGCGAAAUGCCGGCACAAAUGAGGUGAAGUUUCAAGUCUUUUCAGACGGCCGUUUUCUUAGAAUGCUCGUUUCCAAGAGGACUUUGAGUGAUGUAAUGGAAUGGAAUACACUGUCAUUACCCGGACCAAACACCUAUUGGCUCUUCGAACGCCCGCCGUCUGGCUUCACGCGAUAUGAAUACCACGACAUGAGGGACAUUUCAGGUCUCACCGGCGCCGUUCUAGGUUCUCGAACUAUCGGUCUUUUCUGUCAUAGACCACUAUCAGAGACAGCGUUCAAGUCAUUCACCUCCGGGUUGAAGAGAAAAUACCCGGAAAGCAAUCUGAUCUUUUUGUAUUUUCCUUUGCACCAGGGCGAAAAAAUUCACGCCGUUGCGGUUCGUCGGAUUCCAGGUGUACGCUUUCCAACAAAUCAUCCAGUCAUUCAGGUCGCCACCAGCCUUCAGCGAACUUAUUCUUUUGGACCGCAACCACAGAAUGAAGAUUACUUUCAAUACGAAGCUCUACACCCUAUCUCCAACGGUUACAUUCAAAGUUUGUUCCAUCUCGCUCCUAGCGACUCCGUUGCCGCGUUGUCCAACAUUGGGAUAUCAGCUUCGAAUCCCUGCCAGCGAACUCUUUUCAAUAUUUCUCCCGGAGAGUCUCUUCCUUGCCCAGAUCUUGGUAGUCCCGAAGAAGGAUGGUGUUUUAGCAAAUCUCACCUCGAGCCAGACACGAUGAUUGAAGUGUGUAGUGAUAAUACCAGUGUCAACCACUGCUCAGGCGUUUUAUUAACACAUUCCAAUGGCGACAGGGAAGCGCUCGGGCAAGUUCGAUUCGACAAGCAUCUUUCAGAGAAGUGGGACAUUCGAGACUGUGUCGUCCGGAAUGGAAUGACUCAAAAAGCCUUGUUCGUUGAGUUUCGAAAACGAUCAGAUGUGGUACUUGACAUCAAUAAGUGGUAUGAUCUUCCCCGAGAGGGCAAGCUGGUAUGGUGGUGUGGACCGAAUGGAGAUCAAAUUGGGAUACUCAGGUGAAAUAGUCCUACUACAUAUCACGGUACUGCAUUAUAUCGUCUUGGAACGCCC